AUGUGCCAUGGCACCAACAAAACGUCCUGCAGCGGAAGGCGACCGGUCUAUAUCUCCGCCCUUGAAGCGAAAAGCCCAAACCGCCAUCUCCAAGAGCGCAGUCGCAAGCUUCUUCACCCCACAUCCCAGAAACCAAAGGACCGAACAACCUGGACUGAGAGAAGUCCCGAUGCCGACGGGCCUGCCACCCUUCUCGUGGCCAAGUAUGUCCCGGAACAAGCACCGGCGGCGAGCGAUGAAGCAGGGAAAUCAACGAUCAAGAGAAGGAAGAUUGCUGCGUUUGAUCUUGACUCGACUUUGAUCACCUCCGCCUCCGGCAAGAAACACUCCCACGACGCAGCCGACUGGAAAUGGUGGCACCACUCGGUUCCCGAUCGGUUACGGAAGCUUUACAAUGAAGAAGGUUACCAAGUCAUAAUCUUCACCAACCAAGGCGGCCUUGUUCUCCACGCCGAUCCCAAAGCCAAAACUCCCAAAAGCAAACUCGACCGCGUGCCCCAAUUCAAGCAGAAAUGCUCCGCCGCUCUCUCCCAGCUCGACAUCCCCACGACCCUCUACGCCGCCACAGGCAAGGACAUCUUCCGCAAGCCGCGGCCGGGGAUGUGGAACGAGAUGAAAGCCGACUACAACUUCGUCAGUGACUCCAACGACAGCAUAGACCUAGAGAACAGUAUCUUCGUCGGCGACGCAGGCGGUCGACAGUCGGAACUUGUUGCAACAGGAACAACAACAGCCACAGCCACAGCUACAGCAAAAGGAACAGGAAAAGGAAAAGGUGGCGGCGGCGCAACUGCCACUCCCAAAGACUUCAGCUGCUCAGACCGCAACCUCGCUCACAACGUGGGAAUCAAGUACCAAACGCCUGAGGAGUUCUUUCUGGGGGAGGAGCCGAGGAAUUUUACCCGGGACUUUGAUCUGGUCAAAUACCCUCCCGCAGAAGAGGAAGGAACAAACGAAGUUCUCUUCACCAAGCUCUCCCCCCAAGAACUGAUCCUCUUCGUCGGCCCUCCCGGCGCGGGCAAGUCGACCUUCUACUGGCGACACCUGAAGCCGCUAGGUUACGAGCGGGUCAACCAGGACGUGUUAAAGUCGAAAGACAAGUGCUUCAAGGCCGCAGCCGAGUAUCUGAAGGAGGGCGACUCGGUGGUGGUGGAUAACACCAACCCUGAUCCGGAUACACGCAAGCAGUGGGUUGAGCUGGCGCAGAAACAGGGGGUGCCGGUGCGGUGUGUCUGGUUCCGGACGCCGUUGGUGGUUUGUGAGCAUAAUGAUGCUGUGAGGAGCUUGAAUAAACCGCUUAACCCCGAGUCCCGAACGUCACUCCCCAAGCUAGCCUUCAACGGCUUCAACGCCCGGUUCAAGGAGCCCAAGGCCAAAGAAGGCUUUCAGGACGUUACCGAGGUGGACUUCAAGUUCAGAGGAACCAAGGAGGAAUAUGAAAUAUGGGGAAAGUAUUGGAUUUAG